ACUGUUCAUUAUCUCAGUAACGUCAUGGGAACUUGCGUUGAUUCUCCACCCUUCACGAAUAGUUGGUGAGAGCUGGUACACAAGAAGGCAGAUGAACGCCUGAGGAACGUGAACAGCUGAUUCCCUGACAUGUAAAGUGGGCACAGAGAAACAGGCUGAACUUUACCACCAGAGGGAUAAACAAGACAAGAUAAAAGCAAAGAGAGCAGAGGGUUCCAAAGAUGUUGCAGUGUCGAGUGAAUUUUCUGGAUGACACCCAUUUUGUAUGGGAGCUGGAGAGAAAUGCAGUGGGGCAGGAACUCUUCAAUAAAGUGUGUGAACACCUCAACCUUUUAGAGAGGGAUUUUUGUGGUCUGGUCAUGUGGGAUUCACCAAGAACCAGGGUAUGGCUGGACUGUACAAAAGAGAUUCAAAAACAGAUUAAAGGUUCAGUAGCUGAAUUCUUUUUCAAUAUCAAGUUUUACCCACCUGACCCCGCAGUUCUGGCUGAGGACAUCACAAGAUAUCUUCUGUGUCUUCAGCUGAGGAAUGACAUUAUGACUGGUCGACUGCCCUGUCCAUCAGACAUGUUGGCUCUGUUGGGUUCAUACACAGUUCAGUCAAUACUUAGAGAUUAUGACCCAAAUCUCCACAAGAACAACUAUGUCAGUAAGAUUGUUCUUGCACCAAAUCAGAGUGAAGAGCUAGAAGAGAGAGUGAUGGAACUGCAUUCCACACACAGAUAUAUGAUACCUGCACAGGCAGAUAUGCUUUUCCUUGAGAACGCCAAGACGCUCCCCAUGUAUGGGGUGGAUCUGCAUCCUGCCAAAGAUGUUAGCGGUGCAGAAGUGAUGCUCGGUGUGUGUUCUGAGGGACUGAAGGUGUAUCAGGAUGAGAUAAAAAUAAACAGUUUUGCAUGGCCCAGAGUUCUUAAAAUCUCUCACAAACGGAGCACCUUUCUUCUCAAGAUGCGCCCUACUGAGCAGGAUGAGACUGAGGGAGUUGUCCGCUUCAGCUUACCCAACUACCGGGCCUGCAAACAACUGUGGAAAUGCUCUGUGGAGCAUCAUAGUUUCUUCAGAAACAGACUUCAAGAUACAAAAGCCCAAAGGUUCCUGAAUUUGGGAUCAAGGUUCCAUUACCAUGGACGCACUCAGUCUGAGUGUCUGGAGGAGAGUGCCAACAUCACUCGAGCUCCUCCACAAUUUACACGCUUUGCCAUCCAGAGAAGAGGAGAUGAAGAAAUCCUUGAGGUUCUUAAGCAACCAAUCCGAACAGAAUUAGAUGAGUGGUUCUUGGUUCUUGGUUCAGACAAAUGGAACAUUUCUGCAUCUGAUGAUGUGAUGCUGGAAAGCAAAAAGCUGCAGGAGUGGAAGCAGCAUGCUGAUGAUUGGUUUGUCCUCCUUGACAGCAGCCUAUUUUCACCAUUAGGACUCCAGCAGCUCCUUCAUACUGAAGAACAGGGAGAAGUGGAGGUUGUGGAGGAGAAAGAGGCAGAGGAGAGUCUCACAGAUGAGUUUGUGAUAAAACAUUCAUAUAAAGUUCAGGAGGGGCCUGUGGAAGUGGAAGGACAAGUGAGAAUGGACAUCAUUGAGAAAAAGCAUACCGAUUAUGAAUUUGAACAGGAAAUUGUGGAACCCUUUAAGGAAAUGCUAAAAGAGGAAAUAAUAGAAGUAUAUGGAGAAAGAACACAGAGGGUAGUAAUCACUAAGCAAUGGACACAGGAGGUCAACUCUUUUGUGGAAUCACAAGAUGAUGUUCUAGAGAAAACGAUAGAGAGAGUGGAGACAGUGGAAAGAUGUGUGAUGGUGACUGAAGGGCAGAAACUGCUCAAUAUUGGUUCUGAGGAAACAUUCGAGAGAUUGGAAAUGGUGAAACAGAGACUAGAGGAAGUUGAGGCUAUUGGACAGAAACUGCAGGAAGUUGAAGCACUGAGGGCUGGAUUACAGGAAGUGGAACAUUUGGAGCAAAGGUUGCAGCAAGUUGAGAAGGAGGGGCUUCAACAAGUGGAGACAGCUGAUUGGUACAUUCUACUAGAUCGCAGUCCAUCAAUGUUCACUAUUACCCUCACAGCCAAGGAAGAGUUGCAGCAGUUAGACACACCCAAACCAAUGGAGUGGGACGAUGAUUGGUACCUUCUAUUGGAGAUGCUUCCACGUCCCAUAGAUAUAUCACCCCCUCUUCCAGAUGCUAUCAACUCCAUGUUUGAAGAAGAUCGGGCUGAAGAAGAGAGAAGAGAACCAGAAAGGAAAAUACAGCUGGAGCUGCUGCCACCAGAGGAACCAAAAACACAGAGCAGAGAGCAGGUGACUGUUGAGCUGUAUGAAGAGAACAGAGAGGGGAUGAGAACAAUGCAGAAACAACAACUGGAGCAGGUUACAAUAGAUUAUAGGAGACCACAGCCAGGUAUCCUUGAGCAGCAAGCAGAACAGCCUCAAAGUGUUGUGGAGGAUGACUCAUUCAUCAUUUUGGAUGUUUCUCCUAAAGGAUCAGUGCCCUUGGCCUAUCCACACCUGCGAAGCACAGUUGACCUUCAUGAGGAGAUCAGAGAGGAGGUGCCUCAGAGCAAAGUAAGAACAGUAGAGGUGCAUAAAAAGCAACAGGAGCAGGUUACAGCGAUAGAGAGCAGACCAGUUAUGCUUGAGAAACCUCAAAGAGAUAUGGAGGAUGACUGGUGCACCAUUUUGGAUGUUUCUCCCAAAGAAUCAGUGCCCUUAGCUUAUCCACACUUGCAAAGCACAACUGUUGAGCUCUAUGAGGAGACCAGAGAGAAGAAGCUUCAAAGCAGAGUGAGCACAGAGGAGCAAGUUAUUGAGGUGACGACAUUGAGCACUAAAGAACAAAUAUUAGCAGAGAAGAGGAUGAGUGUCAUACAAAACCCACAGGCCGAGCUUCCAGUGGUGCCCAGGGAAGCUGAUGACGACUGGUUUCUGCUUAAUGAGCCAGUGCCUUUUGAUCAGAGGAGUUUUCAAUCAGUGUCAGUUACUCCAGAGACUCGUUUAGUCCCUGUGGCUUCUUUGGAGGCUGAAGAAAAGAGAGCUGUGGAGAGAGGGAAAAUAGUGGAGAUGCAGAAAGAGCAACAUAAACUGGUGACAGUGGUAGAGAGCAGAUCACAGCCAGAUCUUCUGGAGGACAUGGCACCACAGCCUCAUAGAGACAUGGAGGAUGCCUGGUUCAUCAUUUCUGAUGUUUCUUCUAAAGAACCAGUGCCCUUAGUUUAUCCAUACCUGCAAGAGACAUCUGUUGAGCUUUAUGAGGAGACCAGAGAGGGGAGAGUUAGAAGAGUGGAGGAAGUGAUGACAGUGAGCACUCAAGAACAGACAGUAAUAACAGAGAAGAUGAGUGUCAUACAACAGCCACAGGAGUUUCCAGUGGUGUCCAGGGAUAUUGAUGAUGACUGGUUUCAGCUUUUUGACGCAGAACCUUAUGAUCAGAGGAGUUUUCCAUCAGGUACAGCACCAGAUGUUAGAAGCCAAGUCAUUGAGGUCCGUGAACUCACCAAAGAUCAGAGAGUUCAGAGGAUAAUGGAGGAGCAGAUGAGAGAAAAACAAGUGACAACUGUUGAAAAGAGAGUAAUCAUUGAUGAGCAUAGGGAGAGAGCUGACAUUAUCCAGCAGAAAUUUCCUGUUGGCGAUCGGGAGUUUCAUGAUGACUGGUUUGAGCUUCUUAAUCCAACACCUUUUGAAAAUAGGAGUGUUCUUUCAGUGGGCACUGAAGAGCGGAGAAUUAAAGAGCAGGAGAUGAGAAUGAAACAGCAAGAGGAGAGAAGAGUGAGAGAGAAAGAAGAGAGGCAAAAAAAGGAGUUGGAGGACAGAAGAGCUCAACCAUUUGUUACUGAGCAAAGUGUAGAGCAACCCCAGAGAGAAGUGGAAGACAACUGGUUCAUUCUUUUUGAUGUUUCACCAAAAGAAACAGUUGUUGCAGAUGUCAUUAAAGUGGACAAGAGAGCAGAGGAAGAGAAGAGGAGAAGAGAAGAUGAGAGAAGGAAGCAGAUACAAGUGGAUGACAGACAGCAAAAAAGACCAGCUAUACCAGAGAAAAAAACAGUACAGCUCCAGAGAGAAGUGGAAGAUGACUGGUUUACCUUCAUGGGAGUUUCCCCUAAAGAUUCUGUUCCCACAUAUCCAGCGGCACCUGUUAUUUCCCCAGUGGUCCCGCCCAAAACCCGCCCACAGAUCCCAGUUGACCAACCACUGACUUCCACUCCGACAACACAACCUGUGUCCAUUACAAAAACAAUCUAUCAGGAGAGGAAAAAAGACAUACCCGACAUCACACUGGAGUCUGAGGCUGAUGAGUCUGUGCUCUUGAGCGACUCACGGAGAUGGACAAAGAGAAUUGAAGGAGAGAGCAUAUAUGUUCGUCACAGCAUUCUAAUGCUGGAGGAUUUUGAUGUGACCCAGGAGGUGAUAUUGAGGCACCAUGCCAGCAUUAGUGAACUUAAGCGUGUUUUCAUGGAGCCCGUGCCAGAUUUUGGACCGACUGAAUGGGAUAGACGUCUUUCCUCAUACUUACCUGCAGAGAAAACCCAGCUCCUACAAACCAAAAGCGAAAUACUCAUCAGAAUGGGCUUAAUUGAAGAUGAUGGAAAAACUCUCUUGUAAUGAAGCUCCGCCCACAAACAAAAUCCACUAUUUAAUUUUCUACUCACUUGCAUAUAGUCACUGAUUUUGUGUGUGUGUGUGUGUGUGUGUGUGUGUGUGUGUGCAAAUAUUUAAUGUGAAAUGUAAUAGACUUAGGACAUUUAAGGAUGUGAACUUGUGAAGCAACGGAAAGACUUUUAUCUUCUUUUAUAGAAUAUAAUCCUCUUUUGCGAUAUUCAUCAAUCUGAUCAAAGUCAUUUUAUAACAUUAUAAUAACAUUUCCGAUAGUUAUUCAGUUGUACACCGGUAAUGACUAACACAACAGUGUACUGAUUGACUCCAGACAGCAUUGCUUAGAUGGUAUACCUAAAUAACCUAAAAAUCUAAAUAAAAAUCAUGGGAUUAUGUUUAGUUUAGUAUAAACUGCUUACAUCUAGUCCUUUUAAUUUAAACAGAAUAAAGCUCUUUUAUGCAAUGCCAAUUAGAAAUGUUUAUUUGAGAAUGAACUUUGAAGCAAUGAUCCAUUUCUAUACUAAUUUCAGUCAUGACAACUCUCAGAAUGAUUUAUUAAAUGUUUAUUGACAGAUAUGACAGGUAAAUGUCAAGUAAAUGUAUUUGGUCUUGGCGGACUAGAUCUGCUUACACUGCUGCUGAGCAAAUACGAGACUUACUACUGCAAAACAUACAUAGGUAUAAAACCUAGUAUGCAACCAUGGUGCUGCUGCUGCUACACAAUGAACACCAUGAAAUCCACCAUAAACAGAUCCAGACUUUGGAGAUGGGGAGGAGGUGGGAAAGUAAAUUGGAAUCUCCUUGUGUGCUGCGAAGAGACCAGUUUGCUGCCAAAAAACAAGGUAUGACUAUAUUAAAAAGUUUGACAAAAUAGGCCUAAUGAUUUGAUGGGCUGGAGAGAAUUGCACUGUGGGAACCUAUCAGCUUGCGCCCUGUACAGUUUCCUGAACUUAGAUCAUAUACAGUUACCACAGUUUAACCAUUGAGAAGACUUAAUUUCUUGUUAUUUGCAGCUCAAGUUCAGAAGUACUACUGGAUUUCAUGAACUGUAUUCAUAUCUGUACAGGCCUGGUAGUUCUGUUGCUUAUGAGCAUAUUUCCAGUGCUGUUGUCCAGAUGCUGUUACACAGCUUUCUCAAAUGAUGGGCUGUGGCACAGAGCCAAAUAAAUGUAGAUGCAUGGCAGCACAGCACAGCACAGCACAGCACAGCACAUUGUUUUAUUAAUUGUUUUGCUGUGGAGAAUUAGCAAGAUUUCUGAGAAAACACUGCUUUCGUUUUGCUUGGCUUAUCUAUGUGAGGCUUCUCACACUAAAACCAAGUAUAGGAAUAGUCUGACCGACUUCUAGAAACCAGUCUUGCAAAGUUACUUGCAUAACCUUAAACAGUACAAUAGGAGUUCCAACCCCAAGACUGCAUCCUUUGCAAACCACUUAACUUAAAUGGGACGAAUGUAGGUGAAAUCAACUUUCAAACAGGCUUUCUUUGGAAUGUAAUACUAGCAUACUGCUCACUGCAUACU